AUGUAUCUUUUUCAGGCUGCAUUACUUUUCCUAGAAGGGUUCCGCUCAAAUAUGAAUGAAAUAAAUAAAGAUGUGUUGCGUCCACGCGCCCUGGUCCUAGCUAAGAGACUGACCAAUGGAAUAAGUGCUCCGACUAAGACCCAGUUAUUAGAAUUCGCUAAUAAGGAGGAUAUAUUGGAGAAAAAUAUCGAGGCAAAACAUAUCUAUAAACAACCUAUGGAGAGUUCUACAAAAGGGAAGAAGCUAUUUAGGAUGCACACUUCUACAGGUAUAAGUGUUUGUGAGGCGGAAGAAUGCUGCAUCCAACAUUAUAUCGAACAGGGGUUUUAUACUCACGGGCAGCACUGGGAAGGUAAAAUAGUGACAGCCAUCUUUUUCCUUCUCUUUUGGGAUAUAAUUUACUCGAAAUUACGCGGUGUUAGCGGAAUAUUUCUGUCUUACUAUCAAAUGUUCCCUCUGGACAUGUUUACUGAGAGCUUCUAUAGUAACAGGAAGACGUUGAUUGAAGCGAGACUCAAGGAAAUUGAGAGCUUCUCUGUGGAACAACUGUUGGCUGAGAUGAAAUUUGUGUGGGACAGCAGACCGGAGCAUGAACACUCGCCCAUAAGCCGCAUGUGUUGGGAGAGCGUCCGCGGCGCCAGCGCGGCGCUGGGCGCGCGGGGCGCGGCGGCGCUAUGCGCGCGCGCCGCCCGCGCCGCCGCCUGCUCGGGCUUCCCCGACCUCACGCUGUGGGACGUGCGCGCGGGGGAGAUAGCCUUCGUAGAGGUGAAGACGGACAGCGACAAGCCGUCGCUGAAGCAGCUGCAGUGGAUGCACUACCUGAAGAGCUGCGGGCUGCGCGCCGAGUUCUGCUACAUCGGCGUGCGCACCGACCGGCAGAGAGCGCGCGCGCCCGCGCCGGGGGCCGCGCGGGGCGGGGAC